AUGUUUUCCAGGAGAAGACCCGAGCAUGCCACAGACCAUUACGGGUUCUGCCUGACAUGGAAGAACAUCACCAACAACAACAAGACGAAGAAAUACAAACGUACUUAUGUUUACCGCCGACAGGAGGGACAGCCACUCGCCUUCUUGAGCGAAGCGAACCUCAUGGAUCACCUGCCACGGUUUCCCAGCAUGCGGUACGACCACGCGAGCAUAACCGUCAACGCAAACCAGACGGAUCCGCAGAUUCACCUACAGACUCCGAAGUGGAAGUCUCCAAGGCUUAUAGACGGCGAUCCAAAUCUCGUCUUUAGAAGCGCCAUAAAGCCAGCCGGCUUCUGGAGGCGUUUCCGUAGCGCGCCUGAUGAGCCGCCGUUUCCACCCAACGGUAACGGUGCAGCUGAUGGCGGUCAACUACCGGCGGUCGCUACUGGUACUACUGGCACUGCCGUACAUCAGCAGCCCCAGGCCAAGCUGAGCCAGGACAGCUCCAGCGGCAGCUCCAACCAGCCGACAGCCGACUCUGGAGUACCGGCGUCGGUCCCGGGCAACAAAAGAUCAAGCCAAGCACCUUCUGGCAGCUCCUCGGACACGGCGCCAGUCAGUACUGGAAACCUUCAGCACCGUCGCAAAGGACCUCCACUCACAAUUCAAACCACAUCGGAGACCAGAAGGGGAACGGCCAGUGGACCAGUAUCCGGGACCACGGUUCAGACGACGCCCGCAAUGGCCUCGGGGACGAGAACGGCAGCGGAAGGACGGACAACGGAAGGCCUGACUAUGUUCCCUCGGAUCGAACUAGAAGGUCAACCGCUUCCACAGCCUCCUCGGAGCAGCACAGAACCCUCUUCGCCUGUGGACGAGAGCUCCGUGGAGAAGCUGGAAGACGACCAACCGGACGCUAGCAAUGUCCCACAGCUUACCCAGAACGUUGAGCAACCCUCGCCGCCAAUAGAACAGACCUCAGAAAGGGUAGGAGCAGCAACUCAAGGCAUGACUCCGUUCCCUCCAUUCGGCCCGGAAGGCAACAGCCCUCCACGCCUUCCUGACAACACCGAGCAAGGUUCUGCGUCAGACAAUCAAGACCCGGAGAUCGUUCGCCACAUGGUUGAUGGAGCCCAGCUCGAGCCCGAAGGCCAAACUGUCCCACAGCUGGACCGCGACACCAACCAUUCCCCUCCACCGGCAUAUCGGUACUCCUAUGAGGGACCCGGACAUGAUGAGCCGAACUCAGAACCGAAUGGCCCUCAUCGUUCGCUCCUCCCCCAAGGCGGCCAGCAAUCGUCACCGCCAGCAGUCCAGAAUCACACGAUCACAAGCACUUCAGUGGGGCCGACGUUCUCGUUCGAGAACAACAUUCCUACAAGGGCAAUGAAGAAUAUCCGCCGGAGAGGAUCGACUUGA